AUGAACUCAGGCCAUUAUUCUUCCGCUGCACGUCAUGCCGCCGCCGUCACUACCGGUGGCGGUAGUGGUGCUGGUGGUGCUGUCUACUCGGCCCAACCCGUCGACCAUACGCAAGCCGCCUACCAUCACACUCACUCGCACUUACAGACGCCCGCGCAUUCACCGCAUGGACAGCCACAGUACUACUCGAUGAAUACUGUGAGUACGCCCGCACAAGGGCCCUCAAUGACGAGCCCGCGCGUUCUGCCAAACUUGGACAUCAUGCCCGGUGGCCACUCGCCUGGGUCGGCGACUUCGUCCUUGCCGCAGGGCAGGAAUGGUCCGCCCGCCGGUCCUUCUUCCCCGGCCGCUUCAGCCUCGGGGGCUUCUAGUCCAGCUUCCAAACCCAUCCGUAGGCGCAUGCGCAUGAUCACAUCUUGCCUCGAGUGCCGCCGACGGAAGCUCAAGUGUAACAAGUCCCAGCCAUGCGUCAACUGCAUGAAGUUCUCCCGCGACUGCAUCUACCUUAGCCCCAAGCUUGACGAGGCAAGCCAACUGCGCCUGACCGAGAUCAAGGAGAAGGUCGGCUCCCUCGAGCGACAGUUGGAGCGCGAUGUCGCCAAGACCACCUCUCGCGCCGCCAUGCAGCAAGCCAUCCUCGCCGAUGACGUCGAGGACACCUUUGCCGAGGAGCAGGAUCUUGAGCCUACCGAUAUGACGGCACUUGAUGUAACGUACGAGGAGGACGCAGACGGAACUGACGACCUCAUUGAUCUGGGAGUCCAGGUUGGCCGUAUGCGUAUCACAGAACGAAUUGGCGGCCUAUCUAGACCAAGGAUAGCCGAAGAGAUCUCCGCCGGCAUUUCUGGUGCAGGGGCCCCUUCGGGACCGCCUCCUGGUGGCCCGGUGGGCGGCAUGGGCGGAAUGAUGAGUAUGAUGGGCGGUAGGGGCAUGGGCGGGGCCGGGCGAGGCGGGCCGCCCCGUGGUGGACCGCCUGGGUAUCCCAGUCACAUCGGCCCACCCCCCGGCAUGGAUGCCAUGUCCGUCGUAAGCGGAAGUUCCAACGACUCAAUCCCCGACUUUCUGAGGCCAGGCGAAUCUUACAUUCCGCCUUCGAGCGGUUUCUUCUUCGGCCACUCAUCCGAUGCUCUGUCUCUCGACAGGAGGCUGCCCCAAAAGGAAGCCGCAGAUCGUCUCAUCCAGCAGUAUUUCCAAGCGGUUCAUCCUGUUGCGCGCUGUGUUCACCAGCCAUCCUUUGAGAACGAAUACCGGAAUUUCUGGGAUGACGUAUAUAACAAUAUUGAGCCUCGUGCCUCCAUACAGGCCAUCAUGUUUGCGGCAUGGUUCAGUGCCGCCGUCAGCAUGGACGACCCCACAGUCAGGGAACUAUUCGGCGUCACCAAGGCUAAUCUGAUUGAGCGGAUGAAGGCCGAUGCCGAACAGGCACUGGGAAAGGCCAAUUUCCUCCGCACGACGAGAGUCGAGACCAUGCAGGCCUUCAUCAUGUACAUGCUUCCCCUUUGCAGAGCCGAGGUGUCUCGGGCUCACUCCGUUCUUGUCGGCGCUGCCGUGAGGAUGGCGGAGUGCAUGGGACUGCAUAGAGAUGGAGAGACGUACGGACUGAACCCUUUGGACACCCACGUUCGAAGACUCAUCUGGCACCAACUGUGCUUCCUCGACAUCCGAACUUGUGAAGCGCAAGGACCGAGACCAGCCAUUAGGCGAGAAGACUACGACACCAAGCUGCCGCUUAAUUGCGAAGAAGAUGAGCUUUACGCCGCUGGCCCACCCCCCGAGCCGGCCGAGCAUUUCACCUCGACAUUGCCAUCUCUCAUUCGCUUCGAAUGCAACGAGAUGAUGCGAAUAAUCUGGCUAGACCGCCGCAGACUAGAGAGCCGAAGAACCACCCUGACCGCCAUUCUCACAAAGAUCGAGAACUUUAGACGGCGGAUGGUCGAAAAGUACGACCAUCUCCUCGACGUUACAGUGCCAAUCCAACGGUACGCCAAGCUGGUGAUGAACCUGCUUCUCUACCGCCUUCAUGCCAUGAUCCUUCACCCCUACCACGCCAACGCCAAUAGUCCCAUGACGCAUCGACUGAACAACCUCUUGAUCACAUCCGGCAUCAUGAUUAUUGAGAUAUCUAUACAGCUUGAGAACGACCCCUUGUUCCAUGAAUGGUCGUGGUACCUCGGCGCUUAUCAACAAUUCCAAAUCGCUCUGCUCUUGGCGACGGAGAUAUACUAUCGACCACAAAACCAGGAAGCGCACCGCAUCUGGGCUUGCCUAGAUUAUGUCUUCAACACAGAUCGCAUGUUGCCACCCGAGAUCAAGGGCCUGCAAAUCCUGGGCGAGAUUAUGGGUAAGAUGCAGACAUACCAAAGCAUGCGCAAGAUGCGCGCGCCGACAGGCACAUCACGGGCGGCGCCAAGCAGAAACGCCGUGGGGGCCAAGCAUAGGAACGCCGGGCUGCAGCCGCCGUCUCAACAGUACAAUGCGCAGGACGUGCAGAUGGGCUUCAAAGCAGAACCAAGUAUUGGCAACGGCAUGCAACAGGGCCCGCCCCCGAUGAGCAGUAUGUCACCCCAGGGAAUGUCGCCGCCAAAUGCGCAGAUGGCUGGCCCGCCUCCGGGAAUUGUCUUCGUGGGCGUCUCCAAUGGCGAAGCUAUCUGGAGUAUGCCGCCCGUGAACGCCGACAGCCCGGAGAGCAUCAGCGACGGUGCCAGCGUCGGUGGACACAGACCCUCGCAGCCGGUGAAUAUGAUGAACCCUCUUGAGGGCGUUGACUGGGACAUAAUCAACAACCUGUUCCCCCACGACCCAAACACAGGCGAACUUAACAUCUCUGGCUUCAACGACCCAUCUCUUGGAUUGAUCAACGGAUUCAAUUGGGUACAGCGAUGA